GUUGGCAGCCCCUUGGCGUCCAAAAAAAUAGCGCGCAAGGAAGUAAAAUAGAAAAUAUCCUUUAAACCUAGUUACGCGGCGCAAAAUGGCAAGCAAGGAGGUUCCGGAGGUGCCACAGCGAGAGAUGCGCUCCUUUCUGAUGGCCCGCGACCCCUCCAUCGACCGCCGCUUCCGUCCGCGACCAAACAAAAAGAUGCGUCUAUUCGACCACAUUCAGGAAUCGGAGGAGGAGAGUUUUUCCGAGUACUCUGACACCGAGUCCGAGCACAAGUACCGAUCCAGUGAGGCCACGGAUGGCGCCUCAUGCGCAACCAGCGUGGCGGACAGCAGCAGCGUGGAGACGGGACCGCAGGUCUUCCUGCGCUUGCGCCCCGUCAAGGAUGCUUCCAAGGCGUACAUAGUAUCGGAGGACAGCAACGUGCUCAUCACCAGCUGCAAGGUGGACUCCACCAGCAACAAUGUGAACCGCAUGGAGAAGCACUUUGGUUUCACAUCCAUCUUUGACAGCAAUGUUGGCCAACGGGACAUAUACGACACCUGCGUGGGACCAAAGAUCAUGGAGGAGGAGUGUGUGACCAUCAUGACGUAUGGCACAUCGGGCUCGGGAAAGACCUACACAUUGCUGGGCGACGAUGUGCGUGCUGGCAUCAUUCCGCGAGCCCUAGAGAACAUAUUUACCAUUUACAAGGACACCAUAUUCCGCUCACCCAAGCUUAAGCUGAUCAACGGCUGCAUCGUUUUUCUGCAGGACGAUGCCUCACUGAAGGAGCUGCAGAUUCGGAAAAAGUUGUUGGACUUGUGUCCUGACAUCAGUGCCCAUCACCAGCGCUUGAAGCAGGUUAUUGACGGGGAUCACACUUUCGAAACGAAGACCUCCACUGACGUUUCCGUCUUGGUUUGGGUGUCCUUCGUGGAAAUCUAUAACGAACUUGUGUACGACUUGCUGGCCAUCCCGUCGAAACAGGAUAAGCUGGGCGAGGUGCCACGGAAGAACCUAAAGAUCGUGGGCAACAAGGGCCAAGUGUUCAUCAAGGGACUGACCAGUGUUUUCGUGACAAGCAGCGUGGAGGCGCUCCAGCUGCUCCGGUUAGGCCAGCAGCGCUCCACGUACGCCUCCACCUCUGUGAACGCCAACUCCAGCCGAUCGCAUUGUGUCUUCACCGUGGACAUACUGAAGUACAAUCGCUCGGGCAUCACCACCCAAAGUUCGUACAAGUUUUGCGACCUCGCAGGCUCGGAACGCGUGAACAAUACAGGAACCUCGGGCCUUCGUCUCAAGGAGGCUAAGAACAUCAAUACAUCGCUGAUGGUGCUGGGCCGUUGCCUGGAUGCGGCCAGCACUGUGCAGAAGAAGAAAAACGCAGACAUCAUUCCAUACCGCGACUCCAAGCUCACGAUGCUGCUGCAGGCGGCAUUGCUGGGCAAGGAGAAGUUGGCCAUGAUCGUGACGGUUACCCCUUUGGACAAAUACUAUGAGGAGAACCUAAAUGUCUUGAACUUCGCCUCAAUCGCGAAGAAUAUAAUUUUCAAGGAAGCCGUAAUCAAGCAGCAUCGAGUCAGCUACUGCGGCUUCAUGGAAUUCUCGAAAAUGUCAAACUUCGAAGGCGGCGAUUACAUCAAGGAACUCGAGAACGAUAACGUCCUCUUACGGUGCGAGAUCGAACAACUGAAGUACGAUCAUGUGCUGCAGAUGCAACUUUUGGAGGAGAAACUGCGCAGAGAACUAACUUCUACUUACCAGGAGAUAAUCCAAAACAACAAGAAACAACACGAAGACGAAUGCGAGAAGAAGCUUCUGAUUGCACAAAGAGAAGCUGAUUUUAUGCUUUCUUCUCAAAAGCGGCGCUACGAAGAGCAAAUAGAAGAUCUCAAGGAUGAGAUCGAGGAACUUAAAAAUCCCACAAGCGACACGGACAGUUCCGAUGAUGCAAAUGAUUCCAAGUCGCCCAUUGAAAUCAUUGAUGAUGAUGAGUAGUUUCUUUAAUUGUUUAAGUGUUGUUUAAAUUUUUGUUUCAUAACUGACGUGUUGUGGAGUUUGCAGAGUUAUCCAAUAAAUGUGUACAUGCUCAGAAAA